AUGGUUCUGAAGGGGGAUAACGCUCUUGGCUCAGUUUUGUUUGCAAAAAAGUUGAGAGGGAAUGAAGAAGGUGCUACAGCACAAAGGGCGGCGGCCGCCGAGGGCAAGGGUGGGCGCUGGAGGCGGCUGCAGCCCCGCGUCUGGGCGCUCUUCGAGGACCCUUACUCUUCCCGGGCCGCCAGGUUCAUCGCCUUUGCCUCCUUAUUCUUCAUCCUAGUUUCAAUCACAACCUUUUGCCUGGAAACGCAUGAGGCUUUCAAUACUAUUAUAAAUAAAACUGAGCAUGUUGUCAAUGGAACAGAAACUGUACCACAGUAUGAAAUUGAGACAGAUCCAGCCCUAACCUAUGUGGAAGGAGUCUGUGUAGUAUGGUUUACAUUUGAAUUUUUAGUGCGUGUUAUUUUUUCCCCGAACAAACUUGAAUUCAUCAAAAACCUCUUGAAUAUCAUUGACUUUGUGGCCAUCCUGCCCUUUUACUUAGAAGUGGGCCUGAGCGGGCUCUCCUCCAAAGCUGCUAAGGAUGUACUUGGUUUCCUCAGGGUAGUAAGGUUUGUGAGGAUCCUGCGAAUCUUCAAGCUCACACGGCACUUUGUGGGCCUCAGGGUGCUGGGCCACACUCUGAGAGCCAGCACCAAUGAAUUUUUGCUGCUGAUAAUAUUCUUGGCACUCGGUGUUUUGAUAUUUGCCACCAUGAUCUACUACGCAGAGCGUGUGGGAGCUCAGCCCAAUGAUCCAUCAGCAAGCGAGCACACGCAGUUCAAAAAUAUCCCUAUUGGCUUCUGGUGGGCUGUAGUCACCAUGACCACCCUGGGAUACGGGGACAUGUAUCCACGGACUUGGUCAGGUAUGCUGGUGGGAGCCCUGUGUGCGUUAGCAGGGGUGCUCACCAUAGCCAUGCCUGUGCCUGUGAUUGUUAACAACUUUGGGAUGUACUACUCCCUGGCCAUGGCAAAGCAGAAACUGCCGAGGAAGAGGAAGAAGCACAUCCCUCCUGCUCCUCAAGCUAGCUCUCCCACCUUCUGCAAGACAGACUUGAACAUGGCCUGCAAUAGCACACAAGGGGACAUCUGCCUGGGCAAGGACAACCAGUUGAUGGAGCACAACAGAUCAUCAGUGUUAUCAGGUGAAGACAGUGCAGGAAGUGAGCAGCCACUCUCACCUGGUGAAAGGCUCCCUCCCAUCAGACGCUCUAGUACCAGAGACAAAAACAGAAGAGGGGGAACAUGUUUCCUACUGACAACAGGGGAUUACACGUGUGCUACUGAUGGAGGGAUCAGGAAAGUGUUGUACAGAAUUUAUCAUGGAUUUUUGACUGCUGAAAAAGGGACAAUGGAAUUUAGCCAUACCAAGGACUGUACUGGAAAGAGACUGCUGCUGCUGAAUGGGCCCUGAUAAACAGCUCACGCCUUGAGGAGGUCACUGAGGCUUUACAUGAGAAGUAGAGCUUGUUAAAGAAGAUUAAAGACUGCUCAUAAUUACUGCUGCCAGAGGAGGGGGUGAUUAGUCACUGUUGAUGAGUCAGCUGUAAAUAAAAUGUGUGUGCAUGGAAUAUCAGUUUUUAUCUAUAUCAAGGAAAGCUGAAUUAAAGUCAUCAUUGCUAAGGCUCCAUGCAAAGACCCACACCCCUAUGUGUAUUAUUCCUGGUUCCUGCAGUAAGUUGUGCUGUGGAUCAUACAAAGACACACACUUAAUAAUAAUAGUGAUGUAAACUACAUCUGUCUUGAUUUCUGUCAUAACAAUGGUAUUAUUUGCAAAGGUCACAAAUAUGAUCAGAGUAGGUUUGCAUAAGUUCUUGCUUUCUCAGUUUGCCAUAAGCUAUAUUUGUAUGAAUUCUAGUGUACAUGCUAAGUCCUAACUUUGCUUUUCACUUUAAUAAGUGAAAUGUGACUGCAGACAAACAUCACCAACUUUGUUCACAGCACACAGUCUUCUUUCAUUGUUACCUCAGACUAUAAGUAUUAUGAGAAAUAAAAUUCUGGCAGCAAGAGUAUUUUUUUUUUCUUUUUAAUUUAAAAUGUUUCAAACCCAACAUCAAUAAAUAUAAAAUGUAUUAAAAUUAUAUCUUAAAAAUGUAUAUUUUACAUAAAAGAGAUAUUCUUUGAUCAGCUA